CUCUUUUUCUAUCUUUCUUUUAGAGUCAUUCAUAGUCGCAAUAUUAGCACAAUGUCGAUAAAGAAGUGAGACAUGCAACCAUAGAUAAACUUUAAUAUCUCGAUUUUAUUUGAUUUUGAUGUUGCGACAUUUUUUUUCUUCCCCCGAUAUCAUUGCAUAAAAAGCAUCGUGACGGGUUUGGUCACACGGGCUUUCGCUCAUCCUCUCCAGUCCAUUUUCUUUCUUCCCUUUCUUUCUUUCUUUUUUUCUUUUAAGAUUAAAACCAACAAAUAUGGGUGGAACAGUCAGUAAAGAUGAAAUUGGUGAACGAAAGCAUAAACGGAAGUUAUAUUCAUUAAAACCACAAAAGAGCCAUAAAGAACGAUCGAUCACAAGUCAGCAUACGAUCAUGUCGAAUGCAACCGAUGAGAACAGCAGUAACUACAUCAGUCGGAAUAGUGGCAGCAGUGGUCACGUUUAUAAUAACAAUAACAGCAUAACAAUUAAAGUAACCCCUGUCAAACAUCAAACUGUACUUUCUGAUCAUGUAUCACCAAUCUCUUCACUGUCUACCUCUGCUCCGAUACGCCGAUCUUCAUGGAGGAAAAGUACAGUGACAACGAACGAUAAUAUGAGUGCUGUCUCAUUAGCAUCUUGUUUUGAUGAAGAUAAUAAUGAAGUUAUCUCUUCACCUCGUACAUCAAUAGCCUCUGAUGAUCUAUUGGAUGAUAAAAGAAAGAAAAAGAAAAAACUGCCUGGAUUAGCAUCGGAUAUCGUAUUGGAUUCAGCAAGAUUCACACAGAAUUCACUCUUGGAUGAUAAGUUUUGGAAGACUCCUAUCAAGUCGUAUAUAGCUUAUAACAAAAAUGAUGAAAAAGAGUACGACAGACAGCUAAGACAGCAUUAUGUUUUGAAACAUAUACUACAGGGUAAUAUUCAUGUUCCUGUGUCAAGAGAUAAAUCCAUCAUCAUCCUAGACAGUGCCUGCGGUGCCGGUUUCUGGACACUCGAUAUGGCUUUGGAAUAUCCUAAUGCGACAAUUAUCGGAUUGGACACAUUUCCUGAUAGGAGUGAAACUAUCAGCCCGCUUAUUGGUGCACCGAACGUUGUCUACAAAUACGGAGACUUGACCACUCGAUUACAACUUCCUGAUAAUUCAAUAGACGUCAUCUUCCAAAGAGACACAAGCACUGUUUUACCUCAUGACUGCUGGCCAUCAUUGAUGAGCGAACUCAAGAGGAUUGCGAAACCUGGGGCUUAUAUAGAAUUUAUGGAAUACAAUUUCGAUGUAAGGAAUCCUGGUCCGGUGCUGGCACUUGUCAACGAAUGGUACAAGAUCGCGUCUAGUUCGGUUGGUGUUCAUCCAUCUGAAGUAAAGCGGCUCAAGGACUUUAUGAUCAAAGCAGGCUUUGUUGAUGUACAAGAAAAAAUCAUAAAGAUACCUAUUGGUGAAUGGCCAGAAGAUGAAGCUCAAAGAGAGAAUGGCUUCUUAUACAAGCAAGUGAUCAAAGCCUUGUUUAAAUCAAUGAAGGCCUGGUGGGUUUCAGAACUGAACGUGUUAGAAAAGGAGUAUGAUAAAAUCACAUAUGCCGCUCUCAAUGAAUUUGAUGAGCAAAAAUGCUCAAUAGAAUGGGUGAUUUAUACCGCCAGAAAACCCAUUUGAUCCAUCUUUUUUUUUAUAUUCGCCGGUUCGAAGUUAUUCAUACAUUAUGCAUACACAUUAGAUGCGACUUUUUUUAUAUUUAAUUUUAUCUAAUA